AUGGCAGGUGACGAAGACAACAUGAAAGCCACGGUGGCACGCCUUGAGGAGGAUGUGCAUGCAUACACCGAGCGGUUCACAUCGUUCGAGGGCGCACUUGAUAAGCGUCUCAAGUCGAUCGAGGAUAGCAAUGAGACGUUAAUGAUAACAAUGAUCGUGAUCAUCGUCGACUACGCAAUAAUCAAUAAGGUAUGGGACGACACCAGCGUCCUCAGGUCGUACUUCCACAUGGGCAUCGCGCACUCCUGCUGCCCCGUCCACUCGCACCUCUACAACAGCACCUGCAACCUCUCGACUGGGGCCUUCUUCAUCAACUUCAGCAUCACACACUUCGGCACCACUGAAAAGAACGAAGGUGUUGGAGAGAUAAGGAGGAAAAGCCGCAUGCAGAUGGAAGAUGAAAAAUGUUGCACGUUGAUUCCACAAGUAGCAACACUAUUGACAUGCAAGAAGUGUAACUUUGGGCCGAUCCAUUUCCACAUUUCAUUUUGGGCUGCUGCUGCUUCGACUCCACCGACCACAUCCCGCGUCCGCCUGCCCCCGCAGCCCUCCUCCCUGCCCCGCGCCUCCGCCGUCUGCAAGCACUGGCGCCUCCUCGUCCCCGACCCAGGAUUCUCCCGCCGCUUCCGCAUCCACCACCGCCGCAGCCCUCCCCUCCUCGGUUUCUUCCGCAGAAAUGACGCCCUGUCCUCGUAGUUCGUACCCACUCUCGACGCCCCGGAUUGUGUUUCCCCCCGUCGUUUCUCCUUGCAGCGCGGCGACGGCGACCAGUUCAUGUCCCUCGGAUGCCGCCAUGGCCUGGUGCUCGUCUCCAACAAACCUAAGAACCAGAUCCUGGUGUGGGACCCCGUCACCGGCGACCAGCACCGCCUUGUGGUGCCCCCGGGGGUUGCGGCACAUGCAGAGAAGACAGUGAUCAACGGGGCGGUGCUUCGUGCUCGUGCCGCCGGAGAUGAUGCCCAGCACUUCCAGGUGGUGUUGGCAGUGGCAGACAACGACGACGAGCAACACCAUCGUGCUCUGGCCUGUGUUUACUCGUCAGAGACCGGCACAUGGGGUGAUCUCGUCUCAACACAGCUUCCACCUGAUGUUCUAACGAGUGAUGCUCCCACCUUGGUUUCUACUGACAAGUCUGCUGUGCUGGUUGGGGAUUCCCUCUACUGGAAACUUGCUGGGAAUAUGGAUGGAAUCCUCGAGUUUGAUUUGGAGAAGCAAAGCCUAGCUGUGAUACAGGUGCCGGUGCAUAUCCUUGAAGAGGGCCAGUACAUGUUCUUGAUUAUGCGGGCAGAGGGUGGUGGCCUUGGUUUACUCACCCAGACAGACUGCAGCAUCCAAUUGUGGAAGUUGAACACUGAUUGUGAUGGUGUCGCUUCAUGGGGGCUUGGAAGAACCAUUGAACUGGACAAGCUACUUUCUCUGAAUUCUGAGGAGACUGACAUGUUGAUACCAGGGCUCGAGGAGGAAAAUAAUGUGGUGUUUGUGUGGACAGAUCACAUCGUCUUUAUGGUCCAGCUUGAGUCAAUGAAGUUCAAGAAGCUUUCUGGAACCUACCCCCUUUCUCAUUAUCAUCCAUUCAGAAGUGUCUACGCGGCAGGUAAAGCAUGUCUUCAGAUAUUCAUUGUAACAAAACCAAUUUAA